AUCUUUUAUUUUUGCAUACAGAGUUAAUUUAGCCCUCAAAUCAAUUCAAUUAUUUUUCUAAAUUCAUCCAACCCCUCCAUCUAACUCCAUUUUUUUAAAAACAUAUUCCAGAUCGGGUCGGAAGAAUUCGGAUAUAUGUAUAUAUUUUGCAUACAUAGAAUUUUCGAGAAAUUUCUAAAACAAAAUUCUCUACUGUUCUUGUUCUCUUUGUAUUUCGUCAUUCUAUUUUCUCGUUCUUCUUCUCUGUUUCUUAUUAUCUCAGACUACUAUCUAAUUUCGGUUUGACCCUUUAUCAUUUUCCCUCGUACGGUCACAUAACUAUUCUAUGAAGAUUGCUGAAAAAACCAGAAGAUGAAAAAAUAUGGCACCCAAGCGAACCAAAAGAAAGUCUCCGUCCCCCGAUCCACAAGGAAUGUUCGCCGGUAUGACGGUUUUCUUAAUCGAAGAUGGCGUCCAGUCUCUUCGUUUACAGAUUUGGAAGCAAAAGCUGGUACAAAUGGGAGCUAAGGUUGAGACUCAGUUGUCCGAAAAAGUCAGUCAUGUUUUUGCUAUCAGCUCAGAUGCUCUUUUUCACCACGUCGAUGACGACCGAUUGGCUCGCUUCAAAGGGCAUGUUCUUUUGUAUCGGUGGUUGGAGGAAAGCUUGGCAGCUGGUGAAAAGGUUUCUGAGGAUUUCUACAUUCUGAAAGUGGAUCCUGAAGGGUUCGAUAUAUUUGACAAGAGUUUGAAGCCUAAACAAGCCAACAGGAAUUCUUCCAGCUAUGAUGAACAUUCACAUUGCAAAAGAAUCAAAUCCUCACAUGAGGAGAUAAAACAAACUAAUGAAGAAAAGAAAGGGGAUAUAGAAACUAACUCUGUAUCUUGGGCAUCAAAUACUGAGCCCCACUCUCCCAGCUCCCUAACUAGCAGUCCUGGAAUCUCUAGUACUCAAGAUAAGGAUGUUGGCAUGCAAAUGUCUUUUCAGUACAGUCCGCCAGAUUUAAACAAGGGCAUUACAGAGAUAUUUGGGAAACUUGUCAACAUAUAUAGAGCGCUGGGUGAUGACCGAAGAUCAUUUAGCUACUACAAGGCUAUUGCAGUUGUUGAGAAGUUGCCCUUUAAAGUUGAAAGUGCAGAUCAGGUAAAAGAUCUGCCUGGAAUUGGAAAGUCAAUGCAAGAUCAUAUUCAGGAGAUAGUGACUACCGGAAAGUUAUCAAAGUUGGAGCAAUUUGAAACUGAUGAGAAGGUAAAGACAAUAACUUUAUUUGGUGAAGUUUGGGGAAUUGGUCCAGCUACAGCCCUAAAAUUAUAUGAGAAAGGACAUCGUACAUUAGAUGAUUUGAAGAAUGAAGAUUCUUUAACAAAUGCUCAAGUGAUAGGAUUGAAAUAUUUUGAUGAUAUUAAGACAAGGAUCCCACGGCAUGAGGCUCAAGAGAUGGAAUUAGUUUUACAGAAAGCAGCAGAAGAUAUCAUACCUGGGAUGGUUGUUGUAUGUGGGGGAUCAUAUAGACGUGGAAAAGCUUCCUGUGGAGAUUUAGACAUUGUAAUUACACAUCCUGAUGGAAAAAGCCAUAAAGGUUUCCUGCAAAAUUAUGUCAAGCGGUUAAAAGAGAUGAAGUUAUUAAGGGAAGAUUUGAUUUUUAGUACCCAUAGUGAAGAGGGUACUGAUUCAGGUGUUGAUACAUAUUUUGGUCUUUGCACUUAUCCUGGACGAGAGCUCAGGCACCGCAUAGACUUUAAGGUAUAUCCGAGGGACAUAUAUGCAUUUGGACUAAUAGCAUGGACUGGGAAUGAUGUGUUAAAUAGAAGGUUGAGACUGCUAGCAGAAUCUAAAGGAUAUAGACUUGAUGAUACAGGUCUGUUUCCAGCUACGCAUGGUUCAGGCGGUAAACGGGGUUCAAGAGGUACCGCAAGUCUGAAAUUGGAGACAGAGAAGGAGGUGUUUGAUUAUCUGGGAUUUCCAUGGCUUGAACCUUAUGAAAGGAAUCUGUAAAGAAGCGUAGUUGCAUGAAUUUGUGAUGCAGGUAUGCUGCAAAACAUUUCAUCCAUAGGAGACAGCAAUUCAAGUUUUGCCCUACUGUGGAGGUAGCUGAAUGCUGUCCAGUUUGGAGGGUUUUGGUGAUAGAUUCGUGUCCAUCAGCACUCCAUUCUUGCUGCCUCGUUUUGUUUCUGCGUCACAGCCUUGUUUGGCAAAACUAAAGCAUAUUUAUGUACAUUAAUUCCCUUGUAAAUGGCAGUACACAAUCCAGAAAAUGGUUGUUGCUUCUAAUUCUCACACAACCAAAAACCCAUAAUUAGACAACAUUUACGUUCUUUAAUCGGUUACCAGGCAUGAAAAUAAA